UGGUCGACCGGUUAACCCAACCAACCAUCCCCUCCAUUUCCCCUUGGGUAAUGCGUAGCGGCCGCCUCCGGACUCCGCGACAAAUCGUCUGACGCACGCCACCGGAGGCCCACACCGCCGUGGAUCGCCGGAGGAGGGGGUCGCCGGCGGCCGGAGCGGCUUCCAGAUGGUGGGUGGCGUGGGCUCGGGCGUGGGCGGGGGAGAGUAGUGGUAGCAGCAGCGCGACGACGACGACGACGAGCGGCGGACGGAUCUGCGGCGCGGCGAGGCGGAGCGGGCGGCGGGGGCCACCAUGUCUGCCGUAGUGUGCGGCAAGAGGUCCUCCUCCAUCUUCGCCGACGAGCUCAUCCCUUCCUCCCCUCCCUCCCCUUCUCCUCCUCCCCACCACCACCACCCUCCUUCCAAGCGCUCCCGCUGCUCCCCGGCCCGCGCCUUCGAAGAGGCAGCCCACCGCCGGGAGGCGCUCCUGCACCACCUCCUCUCCAUCUUCCCCUGCAUGGAUCCCCAGUUACUUGAAAAAGCUCUUGAGGCAACUGGAGAUGAUUUAGAUUCUGCUAUAAAGAGUUUGAAUAAGCUGUGCCUGGAAUCAGCCGUGGUAGGUGAAUCUGAUAGCGUCCUGCCAGCAGCUCUUAAGUUAUCGGCUGAAGGUGUUGUGAGUAAUGGACAUUUGGAUGUGCUCACUGAAAACCCACCUGCUACUGAAAACUUUCAGACAAAUCAUCAUGGUUCUGAAUGGGUUGAGCUAUUUGUUAGAGAGAUGAUGAGUGCAUCAGACAUUGAUGAUGCCCGGGCUCGUGCCUCAAGAGCUCUGGAGGCAUUGGAAAAAUCAAUCAUGGAGCGAGUAGGAACUGAAGCAGUGCAUAAUUUGCACAAGGAAAAUGUGAUGCUAAAGGAGCAACUGACAAUACAUCUGCGAGAGAAUGCUGUUCUGAAAAGGGGGGUUGCUAUCCAACAUGAGCGCCAGAAAGAGUUUGAUGAGAGGACCCAGGAGGUUCAUAACCUGAAACAACUGGUUUUGCAGUAUCAGGAACAGCUAAAAACUCUCGAGAUAAAUAAUUAUGCACUCAGAGUGCAUCUGAAGCAGGCUCAGCAGAACAAUUCUAUGCCUGGGCGUUUCCCACCUGAUGUCUUUUAACAUACCUUGCGGGUAUUAGUCUCAUACUAAACCUUGCCUAGCUACUAUAUGGCACGAGUGGUUUGACCUUGCUCAUGGUGUGGUUUUGAGUAGACUAUUCACCCUUAAGUUCAAACCCAAUGCGCACCUAUCAUCAUAAACAAUUUAUGGCCCUCAAAAUGGAGGAAGAUAAUCAACGAUUAAGAAUCAAUUGAGGUACAUAUCAAUGUACAUCAGGAAGCUUGAUCGUGCUCUCAGAUCAGUGUUUGUAUGUAAAGUAUGAGAUGUAUUGUACUAGCAUUUAAUACAAAGUAUGAAAUAAUUUGUUCACUGUAUUGUAUGUAUCCAAUGAUAUAUGUACCGGUAAAGAAUGUUUAUCA